AUGCCUAUCGUAGAUGCAAUAAGUUGUGACUUGUGUGGUGCACUCGUAGCUCUGAAUAAAGGAAAAAGAGUUGGGUCAGAUACUUAUCGAUGUUCUAGUUGUUUGGGUUCUAAUAACAAUCUUAAUUUAACAUCUUUCCCAACACUUAACGCGGUCUCCCCAUUGACCCCUAAAUGGAUUGAAGCGAUUGGUGUGGUAUCUUUUAAUUUGGAACUUGGUCAGACACUUACCCAUUUGUAUCCACCGUUGCCUUUUUCAUUACAGCAGGAGACUGAUUUAGCAUUUUUGUCUUUUCCUGAUACCAACAGUACGAGACAAGGAAAAUAUUUACAUCAUUUCGUAUUUCCAGUAGAUAAAAAUAAAUGUGAUAAAACCCGAGUAGAAGUUUCUAGAGUUUCAUCUGAAUCUUCUAGUUCUACUGGAGCAAAAGUGUUGGGUCGUUCAUCCGUCUCUAAAUUGGAGGUAUAUCAUGAAGAAUAUUUUUGUUCGUCAUUUUAUCGUCAACGAAAAGAUCCUAAUAAUUUACGUGGGGUUCAACAAAAAGCUAUUGUUUUACUUUCUCUUUACCCAUUUCCUCGCAUAUUUGAGUCCAUGCUUGAUAUUAUUUGUAACGAAGUGUUAGAUUCUGAUAAUACAGAGAAAAUGUUAGGUUCCGCGUACGAUGAUAUAUCUUCUUGGCCAUUUCCACUUCCGACGAAACGAUAUAAAGGAUUACAUCUUUUAGGGAAACCAUUAGGAGAAUUUUCUACACCUUAUUAUACAAGUCUCCUUUGUGGUCCUCGCUGGCGUGAUGAUGAAUUAAGUCGUGAAUCAAAGUGGUGUACUACUAGAAGGAAGUUACUUGAAUCCUUGGAACGUACACACCGUGAUGUUCAAGUUAUUCAGCGAUGUCUAGAUGAUUGUAUUCUUGGUUCUAACCCAAUUGAGGGUCUGGAAUAUUAUAUUAAGGAAAAUCUUAAACUUUCGUUAAAUGUUGCUUCAUGGAAGUCAUGUGAUUUUCUAACAGUAAAUGAAAUGGUUCGUAUGCGUAGUUAUGAGAGUUGUAUCAGUAAGAAAAAAAUUGAUAUAUUUAAUUUUAAUGAACUAGAUGAUAGCAUUAAUUGUGAUGUUUCUGAAAUAGCUCGUCAUUUUCGUCACAUUCAUUAUGUUUCGCAUGAUAUUGCUGCUAUUCAAAAUGCUGAACUUGAUUAUUGUAGAAAGCUUGCAGAAUAUCUUUUGCAUAAUAGUAAAGAUUCUGCAGAGAUGCUUGAUGAUAGUAAGUCUGUUAAUAUUUUUUCAGAAUUUGAUAUUCAUGCAACUUUGUUUCCACAUUUAAACCGAUUAUGGAAAAUUUGGGAACUCCUAAUUACAGGUGAACCUCUUUGUGUUGUGGGAAGUUCUGUAGGUCACGUCUCGGCAGCUUGUUUAUGCCUUUGCUCUCUUUUAGCACCUCUUUCUUUUACAGGUGUUCUUCGUCCAUAUGUUACUAUUAAUAAUUCUGAGAUUGACUGUUUGACACCAAAUGAAGCCUGUCAUUUACCAGUACUCAUUGGGGCUACCAAUCCAUUCUUUGUUCGUCAUUGGAUGGAAUGGCCUCAUUUUCUUGUUCUUGGUACCCCAGGAGAUGUGGAACUACAAACACACAAAACAUUACCAAAAUCAACUCCUAAACGAGAGAAACUUCAAUUUGAUAUGAAAACGAAUAUGUUUACAUCUAAACAUUUUUUAAUAAAAUCGGAAAAACACGUUUGGGACGGUAUUACAGCGGAACCUUUUUCAAUAAAUUUUUUUGUUUCACCUUCUUUAAAAACUAUUGUAAAUAAAGUUGGAGAACCGGCUAAUUAUAGCAAGGAAAUCCGUCAAACUUUUUUAAAACUAACAAAACAGUUUUUGUAUCCCUUGGACCGUGUAGUGGAGAUUAAAUUUAUAGAAGGACUUCCUUCUGUAUUUUAUAGUGACAAUAUUCUCCCUAAAAGUCUCAUAUUUGCUGCGUUAGAGCAAACCUCUAAUGAAGAUUUACCCUUAUAUAUGUUUAAACAACGUAUUGAUAUGUUUGAGGUGUAUCGAAAAUUUAUGGAAACAGCAACGUACAGAUGUUGGCUUAAGGAAAAAAUAUUUUCCUUAAAGCGUGCUGUGGUGAUACAGUCAAAUUCAUUGGAGAGCUUGCUUCUUGUAGAGCCUGACCCAAGUCGACGUUAUGAGGUUAUAAUGAGUUUGCAGUAUAUGUUAGACUGUGAGUUAAGGAAACCAUUGAUGGAUGUCGUACUUGUGCAAAAAUUGUUGGAAUUGACUUCAUAUUUUAAGUCUCUUCGUGCUAUCUUGUCAAGAUGA